AUGGCGACCUCCUUCCACGUCACCUCGCACGCCUUUUCGAAUACCCUGGCGCAGUGUGGCAUGUACAGAGAUAACGGGCUCAACACCUCCCUGGAGAAGAGCCACGUCACCGGCCCAGACAACUUCAUCACCGCCCACGACCACCUCAACUUCCACCCCAGCUACAACCCAAGCGGCCCGUCGCACUGCUAG